GGGACCUCAGUCAUCCGGAGCUCACUGAGGACUGCGGACUGAGGAGGGACGGAUGGUCCCCAUCUCUUCCAGAGGACACACACUUCAGCUGGAAGGAGCGAUGACGGGAUGUCACGCGCGGUCUGGAGGACCUGAGGCUGGUAGGUGACGGCACUAUGACCGGAUGAUGACCAGCUGAGCACACUGACUGAGUUCACACCCUCCCUCCCGCGGACUUCGGUCCGGUGUUAAAUUCCUGCUAACGGAGUAAACUCCGACAUACGGACACUUUUAAGUCCGUUGUGUGGAAGGGACCCCGACAUACGGACUGUCGGACACCGAUGGAGUGUGGGACCACCAGCCCGGUGCACUGUACCGGGGGGGGCUCUCUUUGAGGGGGCGUGCUCCCUUCUCACCAUGGUUCCGAUGGGUCUGCCGGCUCUCCUGGUCCCGCUCCUGUGGCUGGUGUCUGAGACGCGCGGAGCGCCGUCUGGGUCCGAGUGGAGGACGGACGGUGGGGUGGACUGGCUGAGCAGGUUCGGGUACCUGCCUCCCCCAGACCCAGUGAGUGGGCAGCUGCAGACCCAGGAGGCCCUCACCAAGGCCAUCAAGGCCAUGCAAAAGUUUGGAGGUCUUGAGGAGACUGGAGUCCUUGACCAGGCCACCCUCAGCCUGAUGAUGACCCCUCGCUGCUCGCUCCCGGAUAUGUCCAUGCCAGAAGGGUCACAAGGCCGAGGUCGUCGCUCGCUAGCACCCCCAGGCAAGUGGAACAAACGGCACUUGUCAUGGAGAGUGCGUACCUUCCCCAGGGACUCGCCCCAGCUGGGCCGUGAUACGGUGCGGGCGCUUAUGUACUACGCAUUGAAAGUGUGGAGCGACAUUGCACCGCUUGACUUUCAUGAGGUGGCUGGAAACGGGGCUGACAUCCACAUCGACUUCACCAAGGCCGACCACGAGGACGGAUACCCGUUCGACGGCCCCGGCGGCACCGUGGCGCACGCCUUCUUCCCUGGGGAGCGCUUUUCCGCAGGUGACACGCACUUCGAUGAUGACGAGGCCUGGACUUUCAGGUCACCGGACAACCAUGGCAUGGACCUGUUUGCGGUGGCCGUGCACGAGUUUGGACACGCCAUCGGUCUGGCGCACACAUCAGCCAUCGAGUCUAUCAUGAGGCCAUACUACCAGGGCCCCGUGGGUGACCCACUCAAGUACGACCUCCCGUAUGAAGACAAGGUGCGCGUGUGGCAGCUCUACGGGGUUCGAGACUCUGUGUCACACACGGUCCAGCCAGAAGACAAACACAGCGCGGAACCACCUGUCCUGCUGGACCUCCCUGUAAACAGGUCCAUUGUCCCACCCAUGCCAGACGCCCCUGACCGAUGCAGCACCGCCUUUGAUGCUGUGGCCCACAUCCGCGGAGAAGUUUUCUUCUUUAAAGGGAAGUACUUCUGGCGUGUGACCCGUGAUCGCCACUUGGUGUCGCUACGCCCAGCUGAGAUUCAGCGGUUCUGGAGGGGCCUCCCCCCAAACCUGUCUGCUGUGGACGCCGUCUAUGAGAGACCGGGAGACCACAAGAUCCUCUUUUUUAAAGGAGCAAAGUACUGGGUGUUCCAGGACAACCGUGUGGAGGAAGGCUACCCAAGACCCGUAAGCGACCUGGGGCUACCCCCCGAGGGAGUGGAUGCCGCCUUCGUUUGGCCGCACAACCACAAAACCUACUUCUUCAAGGACUCACGCUAUUGGCGCUACGAUGACCACCUGCACCACAUGGAUGCGGGGUACCCCAAGGACAGCACGCUGUGGAAGGGGAUCCCAACCCAGCUGGACGACGCCAUGCAAUGGUCCGACGGCUCCUCCUACUUCUUUAAGGGGGCAGAGUACUGGCAGGUGAUAGGUAGCUCCAUGGAGGCGGGGCCAGGCUUCCCACGGCCCAUCGGUCGAGACUGGCUCGUAUGCGUGGACAUGCAGUCGGACUCACCCGCAGUGGAGGCCAAGACCACAGACCGCAUACACCCUCGGGUUCAUAACCAUGGCGACCACGCCGAGAGCGGCUACGAGGUGUGUUCGUGUACCUCCGACUCAGCUGCCACCUCCUCAGAGCACCUCCCACCAGCAAUGUUCUGGCUUCUCACCUCAGCAAUGCUGUUACUAUGGGAAGGAGGGGCCACAACUUGAUGGACAGUCCUGCUGACCCCUCGUCUUCUAGUGGGCUAUAAGCUCUCUCUGCCUGCGGGCUGCAGUAAACACACUAAGACUCAAGGACUAUCAAAACUGGUGUUUAUUCUCAUUAUUAAUAUUUAUUUCCAUGACAAAGACCAUAUGUGAGUUAAAAAGGACCACCAUUCUUUGCUGUUUUAGUUUCUAUUCUAUACUGUUUCAAUUUGCGUCGAUUACGUUAACGAUACUUUUACCUAUAGUCAUGUAUCCUUAGUGUAUCACUACUGUAUUACUUUGUGAAAUAACAGUUCUUAUGGAAAUGAUAGCUGAUGAUCAUGCUAUAAAUCCAUAAAGCUGGCAUGGCUCUGCAAGCACUCCCACAGACUGUCCACCAUGAUAAUAAAAAUAAUAUGGGGGGUGCGGUGGCACAGCAGGCUUGGCCAGGUCCUGCUCUCUGGUGGGUCUGGGGUUCGAGUCAUGCUUAUGUCUCGGGGUGCCUUGCAAUGGACUGGUGUUCCAGGUUAUUAUUGUUAUUGUUAUAUCUGUCGUUGAAAUGUCUCCCUCAGCUGGUUAUCUUCAUCUCUGCCUUUUACUGUUUCAUACCAAUUUUUAAAACCAUACUUUAUCUUUCUAGCCCUUCGGCUACACUGUCUUUAAUAAAUCGUUUUGUAAUCAAACCGAAAGGUCACUGGUCCUGUUGGUUCGAUGAGGGACAGGAAACACACUGUUGCAGUUCCACUGCGUCCCCUUCCGGCCAACGCAGGAUCAUCGUUGACAAGAUUUGUUAAAUACUGUUUAUGAUACUCUGUGUAUGAAUGGCUGUGGGAAAAUAUUUUUUUUUCUAUCUUAUUUUUGUAAAACAAAUAAAACA